GCGCCAUCUCGCGACGUGUUGGAGGAAUCGUCAGUUGUAACGUCAUUACGUAAACAUUCUGUGGACGUGGCGUGAGCAGUUGGACAAGACAACUAGCUAAUCGAAGGGACGGUGAGACCGAAAAUAAUCCCGUGGAAGUAUGGAUAUUAUCCAGGUCAAUUGAUUGAUCGGUUUUCACUUUGUCAGUGAAGCAGAAAAUGUCCAGUAUAAGCCAGCACUAUGGGUUCCAGUCAGCCACCAUGGUGCAGCCUGCAAAUGGCGGCCAUGCCUAUCUGUUUGGAAACAAUGGCUCAGAGAAUGACCUGUCAGAAGAGGACGGGGAGAGUUAUGAGCUGCGGCCACGCGGCAGGGAGAGGCUGCGGAGGAGCACCUCCAGAGAGAGGAUGGACGAUAUUGUCUACCUGGCCAGAGACAUCCAGGAGGGUGACACCCUGAACAGCAUUGCCCUGCAGUACCAUUGCUCAGUGGCCGAUAUAAAGCGGGCCAACAACUUCUUGACGGAGCAGGACUUCUUUGCCCUGCGGUCGGUCAAGAUUCCUGUGAGGCGCUUUAGUGUCCUCACUGAGACUCACAGCGCCGGGCCUCUCAAAUCUGCCUCCCCCUCAGGUACCAGGCGCCUGGCCCAGAUCUCACCCGUUGCCUCCCUCCCCUCUGACUUCUCUACAGACUCUUCCUCUUCCACCGACAGCGUGGAGGGAUUCCUCCUGGAGAAGGACAAGGACAUCGAGCGGCUGGUGAAGUCCACGGGGCCGUCUCGGAGCAGCCUGAACGAGGUCGUGUCCUCCUUAACGCUACAGCAACAGCAGCCACUGCUGGGGGAAGUGGAGUACAAACCGGUGCAGAAAAAGGACCCUUAUUACGGCGCAGACUGGGGCAUGAGAUGGUGGACGGCUGUGGCCAUCAUGCUGGUCGUGGGCAUCAUCACGCCCGUGUUUUAUCUGCUGUACUACGAGGUUCUCAUGAAAGCUGAAGUCAGCCACCACAGCGUUCCCACGCCAUCCCCUCACAUCACGCCUCAUGGACAUUACCGCGGCAAUAAUGCAGGCUUUGGUGUUGGAAAAGACGACAACGCAGGGGCCGGAAACGUGGGUAACAAAGAUCCACAGGGACAAGUUGUGACCAAAGCAGUAGACGGUGGACACGGAGGGCAUGAGAAAACGUAACAGGGAUUUUAACUUUCACAUACAAAUUUGUCGCUAACUCAGAGAUCUAAUAAAACUGGGUGGAUGUUCCCAUUGUCGAAUAGUUUUUAUAGACUUAAUACAUCAAUGCAACCUGUCUGACAGUCACUUUUAUAAUGAGAAUUUUUCGAUGGUUGAAAAACUAGGAAUCCCUUGUGUCUGUCUGUAUGCUUUUCAACAAGGACCAUCGAUGGGCUAAAAACAAGACGCUACCCUUGGCUGAGUUCUCAGUGUAGCCAGUAGAACUGAGGUGAUUUUUGUUAUCUAUCCAUCUAUGCUGCUGGUAUUCUUAGUAAGCUACACACAAACUGUAUCCACAGAGUUCAAAAACAAACCGGGACGGACAGCGACACACUUGACCUAUUUCUGGUUAUUCAGCGAUGGAAGAGAAGCAUUCAUUCUGUGGAUUUUGUUUUUUGAAGCAGUUUGGUCCAAUUGCAUAUUUUUUGCCAUGUUAGAAAUAGUGGAUUUUCCAAAGCUAUUGGAAGUACCAGUUAAAUUUCCAAGAAAGUUGAUUGAAUUGUUCCUCUUUUUUUUUUCCCCUUUUAAAAAACAAAACGGGAAAUGCACAUUAUUCCCACAAUGACUCAUUCUUGUAAUUAUGAGAGAUUUUAGAAUUUGUUAUAUAGCCCUUUUAUUUUAUCACUGUGUUCACUUGAUACUUUCUGAAAAAAGCAUUUCAUGUUGACAGUAUGUGCCUUUCAACCUGUGGAAAUGUGCCACAGGCUGGAAAAUAAAUACAUCUAUUUUGAAUAAAUUAUUGCCAGUGA